AUGAUAAGACGGGAGACACUCUUUGUUGUACCAGGCUGCUGUGUCCAGGUUUCAGCUGUUACAGAGGAUAGGACUGAGAGUAGCCAUACCAACGGAGAUAGAUAUAAAGGAUAUAACAUGAAGAAUAUUAAUGAUAUGGUUGUGAGCAAGGAGGUUGUGAAGGAGAAGUCAGCUCUUCUAGAGAGAUUACGACAGUUGGAAUCAGAGAACUCUGCUCUUGUUCUGGAGAAUGAAAACCAGAGAGAUACCUACGAUCAGUGCCUUGAUGAGGUUGCCAACCAAGUUGUUCAGGCACUGCUCAUGCAGAAGGAUUUGCGUGACGAGUGCCUGAAGCUGCAUGGUAGAGUACGAGAUCUGGAAGUUCAGAAUCGGAAUCUAAGGUGCCUCUUUGAUCAGAAUAGAUUCAAACAAUCCAUCCCUUCUCCAUCACAGUCUUCUUCACAUCAGCAAUAUGUUUCCUACGGCAGUACCUCACCAGGUUUGGCAGGUUGUUCAAUACCAGUCCUUACACCCUCAGCAUCUUCCCAUUCUUCACCUUCAUCAGCCUCACCUGGUCUCUAUGCACCCUUCAACCAUCCAUUGAGGACCACCAAACAUCAACGGUCAGAACCUGGUCCUUCUGGUUCAACCCCAGAGGGUGGCAAGGAUCCACCGCUUAGCCCUCGCUUGUUGCAGGGACAGGCUCCUAGGAAGCUUGACCACAGUGGUUCCCCAGUGAAGACAACAGACCAGUCCAAAGAAACCAACCCUCAGUGUGACACUUAUCAAAGGCUAGUCAGGCAACAAUAUCAGCAAUACCGUCAUCACCAUUCCCAACAGCAGCUUCAACAACAACGCACACUACCUCAAGAGAUCCUUAGACAGCUGUCGGCUCCAGCCAAUUAUCCAGCAUCGUCCUCUCCACAUCACGCAAUGCAACAGGGUAGGACACCAGCAAUCAGGGGCUUGGAUCAGAUGUACCCCUUCCUCCCAUACCAGUGUGAAGUGUCUGGGGUAGAAGGUGCAGGUGAGGGGAUGGGUAUGGAAGACUACUCUUGGUCCACAAGUCCUUCAGAUGCAUUUCCGUCGUCCAUGGGGCAUUCCUCUUUGCCGAAUACUCCAGGAAGGAUGGGUGUCUAUGAUGAGGCCUUGAAUGGUAACAUGCCUCUCAGUGGAAGCCUUGGGGCUAGGAUCGCCAAAAUGCAAGUGAUGGGAGAGGAUAGGCUUGAGAGGAACUCACCACCAGAAGUGCAGGAUGGGCGCAAUGGAUACAUCCUCGGGGACCAAUACACUAAGCCUUAUGUUCAUGCACCAUUCCAUUAUGCUCAAAGUCUUCUCAAGGAGCUACAAGAGAUAAGUGCCAGCGUUAAAAGCUUUGAAAGUCUCACUCUAGAACCUAAAGCCAGUCACCAGCAGAAAAGGAAAGCAAACGAUGGCCAACCUGUCCUGCAACGUCAGAAACUUGCCAAAAACUUUUCACCAAGUGCUUCCAAUGCAAGCAGCGAGUCUCUCAAUAGUGCUACCUCUCCAAAACAUAUGAUGGACAGCACAAGUAGUAUGACAAGUACAGAGAGCAUGGAAACAACUUUAGAGAGGAUUCCACCGACAGUUCUGUCUCAUGGUAGUCCUCUAAGACAAGAACAUCAUCUUCAAUGGAGACCUGAGUAUGGAGGAAACAAGGUUCCUGAUAGAACUUCUCAAUUCCCUCCUGAUACCCCAUCACCUCCUACCACAGACAUUGAACCAUCAGAAAGGGACUAUCAGCACUCUCGCUAUUUGCGGAAUAGACAACACAGUGGUGGGUCCUGUCCAGAAAGAGAGUCAUCAUCCAGGGAACAUGAAUCAGAUAGCAAGGGUGAUAUCAGUCUCUCUUCUGGUAAGGGUAAUGUGAACAAGGCCAUUGAUCGGUAUCAGGAGAAGGUUAAGAAUGCAAUGAGUGGGAGAAGAGACAAUCAACAACUUCCUGUCAAGAAUCAGAUGCCUGCUCUCAGCAUGAGAGACAAAGAUGCUAUUAAUGAGGCUCAAAGGAACUUACAAAUAUCUCAAGAUAAUGAAAUGGCUUGCGGAAAGGUCUCACAUCAGCCUGUCAGAGAUGAUGGAAUAAAAGGGUCGUAUUCUGUACAAGAUUCAAGCUGUUCAAGGUCAGUCUUUGGCAGGGUAAAGGCACAGGUGCAGAGCAGCAGUACUGGAUAUUCAUCUGAGAAGACAAAGUCCGAUGAGGAUGUUCUCGAAAGUGUAACUACCCAGGUAAAACCUAAGCUGAGUAGGCAACGUGCAGCUGAAUCAGUAAAUCAGAAUAUAGAGAUGCUGGCAGGAGAGGGCAGCAUGCAUCUUUGUCAAAAUUUAGCAGAGAGUCCACUGGAAAAGAGCCAGGCAUCAAGGCAAGCUUUGCCACAGUUGAGAGACAAUGACCCUGAUGACAUGUCUAGUCCAAUUUGGAAGCGCAAGUCACAGAUGGAAGCAUAUAGGUUAGAUGAAGAUGAAAAGAGAGGGGACGGGAGAGAUGAUGUUGAUGAAAGUGAAGAUGCAGACUCAAGAGUUGCAUCAUUUAUGACAGCUCCAGAUGUAAAUGGCAAAGAAGAAAAUGGAAAGCUUUUAUCGAAAUAUGGAAAUGAGGCAAACAGCAAAUUAUCUCCAAAGCAUUACGCUGGUAAAAUGCAGUCUCCUAAGUCUUGUAGAAAGUCAAGUUUACCACUCCCCGCCCCAUCUGCUGUUACUGUGGCAAUGAGUAAGCCAUCUGGAGCAGGUCUGUCGCAGAGUGUGGGAUCAAUUGCUAAAGCAGAUGUCAGUGUGGUAAAUGGGAUGAAAUCAGCUCAGAGUGGAGAUGCAGGGCUAGAUAGAUUGGGUACAAGUAAAGCAGUAAUGAGAGAUGAAAGCAGCACAACAGCAGGAACAAAGGAUGAGACUGCUUCCAAACCAUUACUGUCAAAAGUAGAGGCAGGGAAUGACCAAGGGAGUAAGAGUGUGGUGAAGGUACAAGGUAAUGUAGUAGGAGCAGAGAAGAUGAGACAACAAAUCCCAGUCAGGACUAGCAGAGAAGCUACAGAAUCUCUCCUGCAGAAGACCAAGAUGCAGUUCAAUCGUGGGGAGGUUGGGAGAUGUUCUCUCGGGGCCAAGAUGACACAACUAUCCAAGAAAGGUGCACCGUCUCCAUCAGAACGCCCGUUAGUAUCCCACAAUGCAACAGGACGUGGCCCUCUAGCCAUGGCUGCCUCCGCCAAGGCUGUGGAUGUACCUGUAUUGGAAUCAUCGCCACGGUUACCAGGAAGACGGCAGAUGACUCCUGAGCAUCUACGCAAUGAAAGAGAUUCUCUUGGAGACAUGGUUGAAUUCACUUCUCAAAGCAUUGAGGAGAGAGCAUCAGUCCAGAGUAUGUCAACUGAGUCUCUUCAGUCGGGUAACUCCUUAGGAUCAUCAGCAGAUUGGGAUUCUCCUAGCAAGAACAGUUCCACCUCUCAGCAGGCUUCUACCCCACUGGGCAAUUUGUUAUCAAGUGACUCUGAAUCCGAGGAAGAAGAAGAGAGUGUAAACUUUGUUGAUAUGUGGAAGGCUCGGUCUACUCCACCCAUUAAACUACCAGACUGGGAUCCUAAUAAGAGCAUUGAAGAACAUAGAAAGAGGAUGAGAGAGUCAUUAGAAAGAACAGAGAGUGCCAGUUCUGCAUCUAGUGAGCAGUGGAUCCUCAGUUAUCCUAUACCAGAUGACCCAUCAACCAGAUCAGGACCAAGCAGCAGACAAAGCAGUGUUGGUAGUAUGACCAGGCAGGAUUCUUCUAAUUCUAGAUCAGGAGUCGCAUGUGAUGAAGAUAGGAAGAUACUCCAAGAACUCUUGGAGAAGGAGCAUAAAGCGCAGAGUAGGAGCACCAGCAGCGAUAGCAGUCCAGAGGGGAAGAAAGAGAAGCAGCAAGUCAUAGGUUCAAACCACAGCUUGGGUGAUACAUCCAUCAUGUCUGAUUUUGUAUCAAGCAUAAUGGCAGAGGUGAAGUUGGAAGAUGCGACUGCAAGAGGAAAAUCCAAAUCAAAAGGGUCCAAAGAUGAUUUGACAAGACCCAAGAAGCUUCUUAACAGUCCAUUCAUUAGAUCUCAGAGUAUGAGAGCUCCACCUAAACCAUCAAGACCGGAAAGGACAAGAAUACCAAGUGGUGGAAACAUGGACAAAGGAAAGGUUAAUUCAAGUAUUCCAAAACCACAGUCUCAUAGUAACAAAUCUCUUGCAAGUGUCAAGAAAUUGGACACACCUAGUACUAAACCGUCAAAAACUGUUCAGAAUCAUUCAUCGAGUGAUAGCAAAAAGAAUGGAAGUGGGCUGACAAGAACUUUCAUGUCCAAAGCUUUAUCAAGAACUACUAAUAAAAGUGCAUCAGACAGUCCGACUUCAAAUCAAUCACAGUGUGAAAUGACGAGUCCUACUGCUUCAGAAAAGUCUGGAGGGAAGAGUAAAAAAGCAAAUUCAAAAAGUGGGAAAGGAAAAGGCAAAGGGAAUGACUGUACACCAAAGGGAAAAUCAACUACUUCGGGUGCCAAAGACCCUGGAUCAGCUAAUAAAGAUUCCAAGAGUAAAAGUAAAAUACCUCAGUUAAUCAGACAGGGUUUAAAACAAAGUCCCGGAAAAACUGAUUCAACAAAGAAAAAAGGUCAACAGAGGAAAGAAAUUGUUGUUGAGUCUCCAAAAACAGCACCAGCAGGGAGCGAAAUGCUAAGAACAGAAAAAUCAUCCAAUUACAACACGAGUGCUUUCACAGAAGUUGCUCCGCUCACCAAGCAGCCAAGUUUUGUCGUAGACAAUGUGCCUUUCAUUGAUGAUUCUUCUAGAAGUCCUACCAAAAAUGAGAAUCCCAACAAAACCCCAUCACCGAAUGAUGAGAAAAAUCUUUUCACAAGCCACUUAGACCAGCAAGGUGAAGCACUCUGUGGACAAUCUCCCAAACUAAGUCCUCGACUUCUUCAGAGACUUCGUGCCAGUGGUAUUGAGCUUGCAAACAGCAGUGGUUCGGACAAUGACUCUGUCUUCCUUCCCGAUGAACCACGUCCUAGCACAUUGCCGAUUGACUCGGUACACACUUGUCCUAUGGGCAAUGGUAAUGUUACAAAGCAAUGCCAACAGCCAGAAAGAAGAGAAAAUGGUUCCACUUCAGAACUGCACCUAGAUCAAAAGGAGAUUGAAGACAUUAAGAAUGGACUCCUUGUAAGUGAAUCAGAUGCUCUCAGUAUUGGCAGCUGGAGUGCCAAGUCAAGUGAAUUUGGGCUCAAGAAUUCAUUUUUGUUUGGGAAUGGGGAUUUGGGAAAUGUUGGGACACCAAGCAACAGAAGUCUUGGUCGAGGAAGCCUUGACAGGGGAAGUAUAGGAAGAGGAAGUCUUGAAAGGGGGAGUACUGGGAGAGGGAGUCUAGCACCUUCUGUCUCAUCGAACCCUGAAGAUUCUACAGAAUUAGGAAGGACGGCAGAUGAUGAGGUGGAUCCCAAGAAAUAUGAUGUUCCUUUGGUAUCCACAGAGAUGAUGGAAGACUUUGAAGCAGAAGAUCUCUGUGAUGAAGAUGGGAUGAGCAGUGAUAGAGAGAAAGAGGCACAGCUCACUGAAAAGGAACGAGCGAACCUUCUUGAUUCUCUCUUUGAGAGUGAUGAUAGUGAUGGAGGUCUUGAUGGCUUCUUAGAUGAAUCCAACGAAUCUCUGCUUGACAGCCACCCUGAUGAAAAAGAGUUCAUGAAACUCCUUGGCGACAAAGGAAUGAAGAGACAAGUGGUACGUCAAUCUGUAUACUGUCGAGUGUCCCUCAUACAAAUGGAUGUCUUCUCUCUCUACAAUCGCUUUGAUGAUCAGGAGAAGGAAGCUCUGGCAUGCUUUGACUUCCUAGAAGAGAUGCAUGCAAACAAUGCCGGUGAGACACACUUCACUGAUGACCAUCCUUUCUCUGUGAUCAGUCCAGGUGUUAGGAGUGGUAACUCUGAUAAUUAUGAUGGCAGCGGUGGGAUAAGUGAUCACUUUGGUAGUAAGGGUACAAUCAAGGAUUGCUUUGAUACUAGCCUCAUGCAGGCAGGUGAUACUACUAGUAGUCUCUUUGGAGAUGACCCAUCAGAUGCCACUCUUGUUGGUGAAUCAUUCACUUCCAAAGGUUCUAUAGGAGAGAGCUUACAUGAGAACAGUGGAGACUUUACUGAGCACUUUGAUGGAGAUAGUUUCAGCAGCCGACAUAGCAACAAGGUCUUUGAUGGCUGCUAUGCUAUUGGCGACUUCAGCGAUCACCUUGGCAACAGGAGCAAUCUCUGUUCCAGUAUGUCCUCCUCAUCAACAGCUAGCUUGUCUUCCCAUGAAUAAUAUUUAAAAAUAUCUCAGCUUUUUUGCACUUCAUAACAUUUUGUAUCCCCAAACCUGCUUGCCCCAAAUUUGAGCCUCCAUUUUUAUAUACCAUUUGUAAGUUUGAUAAAUAUCCCCAUGUUUUACUUUGUCAUUUGUGAAGUUCUUUUGAUAACUUUUUGUAAACUGUAUCAAAUUUUCAAACUAAAUGAAAUGUUGGUUGUCAGUCAAUAACUGUUUUUAUCAAAGUACCUUCAAUUCAUUAGUUAUCAUGUUACCUGUAAAUUGUUAGACUGCUAUGUUCAUUACAAUGUAUGUUGAACUGCAGAGUUCAAAUGUUUUCAUAAUUAUGCAGCAAAAUUCUCAUCAAAAAAUAAGUUAUUAAAGGGUCUAAGAAUAAUUUUAAAAUUUUGUUGGUCCUAUUUUAGGUUAGUUAUAAAGAAUGGAUGAAUUUUGUUUUUUUUAAUAUGUCAGUGCAACCAGUAAACAUCUGAUU